CUAAACAGUCGUCAGAGGCAGCUCGAGCAGAGUCGGCAAUGGCUAGUCAAACAAGUUACGAUUAUGCAAAUCUAACAGAGCAAAUCAAAGCAAACACCACAAGCAGCUCCUCAUCGGAGAACGGCUCCAGGUACUCGUUCAUGGUGGCCAUUGCGACCGUUACGUGGCUGCUGCUCAGUUGCAUAAGUGCAUUCAUCUACUGCUGCAAUUAUUGGGAGCUGCUGAAGCCCGCGCCGCGAAGAGCGACAGCGGAUGAGUCGGAGCUGUCGGACGAGCAGUCGGAGCUGGAGCAGCAGAGCAUGCUGCUAACACAGGUCAGCGAGGUGAGCAGCACCUGAGGACGGGAUUUUGGCACGGAAGCGCCGGGAAGGUCACAGCAGCGGCAGCACAAUGCGAAAACAAAAUAAAUAAGCCGAGGACGACAAAAGGCAGCGGAGGCCGAGGAGGAGCAACAGCUGCUGGCGAUCAGCUUCAAGGCAAUAUGGCGACGUGCAGCUUCCAUUUCCGUUUCCGUAAACUUAAUUCCACACACACACACACAAACAGAGAGAGAGAAAGAGAAACACACGGAGUAAAAAAUCAGCAUGUGCUGCUGUUUCCUUUUC